GGCUGGCCGGGGGCAGGAAGCGGAAGGCUGACUGGGCGUUGUUAGACACCUACCAACGGAAGUCCCGCCUGUCUUGCUCUGUCUGUUCCCGGAAGUGCAUCUGCUUGUCUCGAGCGAGAUGGCUUCAAGGUUACUUCGCGGAGUAGGCGCUUUGGCGGCUCAGGCCCUGAGGGCCCACGGACCCCGUGGCGUGGCCGCUACCCGCUCCAUGGCUUCUGGAGGUGGUGUCCCUACUGAUGAGGAGCAGGCUACCGGGCUGGAGAGGGAGAUCAUGAUAGCAGCACAGAGGGGACUGGAUCCAUACAAUAUGCUACCUCCAAAGGCAGCUUCGGGCACCAAGGAAGACCCCAAUCUAGUCCCAUCCGUUAGCAACAAGAGAAUAGUGGGCUGCAUCUGUAAGUACCUUGUUUUUAUUUUUAUUUUAAAGAUUUAUUUAUUUAUUAUAUAUAAGUACACAGUAGCUGUCUUCAGACACACCAAAAGAGGACAUCAGAUCCCAUUACAGGUGGUUGUGAGCCACCAUGUGGUUGCUGGGAUUUGAACUCAGGACCUCUGGAAGAGCAGUCAGUGCUCUUAACCACUGAGCCAUCUCUCCAGCCCACUACCUUGUUUUUAUUUUCUGGCCCAUUUUGUUUAUAACCUGCUACACAGAACAUCUAUAAAUUGCUUCAGAUAUGUGUGUGUGACUGACUAUAUGUGCAUACAAAUAUGUAUAUUUAUGUGUGUGUGUGAAAAAUUAUAUAUAUAUAAACAAACUUGUAUGUCAGGUACUGUUUGUUUCAGGCACUAGGGAUACAUAUGAGUACAGAUCCUGUUUUGGAAUUCUGCGUAGGAACUAGGAUUGUUAGAACCUACAGGGACCCCAUACGUGGUUAUCUUACAGAUAGACUCAGGUCCAUUUUUUUUCAUUUGAAGGAGCAGAGCUUGAUGUAGUCACUUAGUCAGCAGCAGUUUUGUUGCUAUGUCUGGGUAUCUGAAGGAAGGAGGUGAGCAUUGAGAGCUUCCCUUGGUACCCAGGUGCUGGAUGACUUUGAGCCGUCUUUCCUUUUCAGGUGAAGAGGACAACUGCACUGUCAUCUGGUUCUGGCUGCACCAAGGCGAGAGCCAGCGAUGCCCCAACUGUGGAACACAUUACAAGUUGGUGCCCUACCAAAUGGUCCACUGAGCCCACCCCUGGUUUAACAUUUCAGAAUGUAAAGGAAAACGUCUCUCUAAUAAAGACUAGCCAACGCACUGGCUCCUUCCA